AUGGGCGCGGCGCGGCGGGGCAGAGCAUGGGCACCCCGCGCUGCCGGGGCCGCGGGCAGAGCCAGCGCCGCCGUCCCGGGACCGGGGCCGCUGCCGGGGCCGCCGCCCGCCGCCCAUCACCGCCCGGCCCGCAGCCGCCGCCGCAGCCCGCGGGCCGCUCGGGCGCUCCGCAUGCCGGGGCCGGGCGGCGCCGCGGGGAGCGGGCGGCAACAGGGAAAGCCUUUUGGUCUGGGAGGCAAGAGAACUCAGUAUCCACGUUGCUGUUCCCAGCUGACACUGUGCAGGCUCCGCACACACCAGUGGUGCUUCAUCCUCUCCAACGUGCUGCUUUUCCACGUGCUGCUCUUCGGGGCAGAUUUGCUGGAGCAAUACUUCCUGCAUUCCCUGCCUCUCUCUUACACGGAUGCAAAGGCUCUGGAGAUCAGGGAGAGGGCCAGGAAGCUGGAUCUGGAUCCUCUGAAGGCCAACCUCUCCUACACCAGCAGCAGCACAGCGACUUGCUCUGACCAAGAGAUAUUUCUGCUCAUUGUUGUGUGCAGCAGCCCCGAGAACAGGACAAGGCGUGACGUGAUCAGGCAGACCUGGGGGAACAGCACAGGCUCUGGGGGUCACAGCAUCCUCACUGUGUUUGCUGUAGGAAAGGCAGCUGCAGCAAGCACCCAGCUGCAGAUCAAUGAAGAGGCUCAAAAGCACCGAGACAUCAUUGAAGGCAGUUUCAUCGAUUCCCCCCGGACGCAGACACAGAAGAUGCUGAUGAGCGUGGAGUGGACGGUGACCUCCUGUCCCCGUGCCAGGUUCAUCCUCCACACAGCCCAGGAUGUGUUUGUGGCUGUUCCCAGCCUGGCUGGGUACCUGCUGAGCUUAACCCAGCUGGAGGACAUCUACCUGGGGAGCGUGGUUCACCACGGGGUGCCCGACAGGGACCCCCAGAGCCCUGCCUUUGUGCCCAUGCAGCAGUACCCCGAGCAGUUCUACCCCGAUUUCUGCCACGGCAGCGCUUUCCUCAUGUCCCGGGACGUGGCUCGCAAGGUUUACGUGGCUGCCAGGGAGGUGCCCCUGGCAUUGCCCCCUGCUGCCUUUGUGGGAAUCUGUGCUAGAAGAGCUGGCAUCAGCGCCAGGCACAGCUCCCGCUUCGCUGGGGAGAAGCACAUCAGCUACAAUCGAUGCUGCUACAAAUUCAUUUUCACCUCUGCAGACAUGGCAGAGGACGAGUUAGUUAAAGGCUGGAAGGAAACGAGCGAUGGGGAAGAUUGUUCCUUGCUGGAAACCUACUACAGCCUGGUGUCCUGCAAGGUUCUCACCUACAUUGAUAACUUCAAACAGUUCAACUUGGAUAGGAUAAAAAAUGAGCUCCUUCAUUUUGUCAAUUAGUAUUUAACUUCUGCAAAGAAAGGCUGGAUUUUCUUUCAUCAGCUGUGUUAUCCUGUUAGUGUUCAAUACAAAGGAUGUCCUCCCAAAGUUUGCUCUUUUCCCUUCAGCAGCAAAUGAAUUCUCACUGUUACAGUGUGGCAGAGCAGAACUGGAUGUACUCUGCCUCUCUACCUACAAGUGCAUGCACUGAAGUAAAAAAGAUUAUUCCAACAGACUUUG